AUGGCUAGAGAAAGAAGUCAAAGCUAUUCAGAGUCAACUCGCAGUUCAACACCAGAUAUCAGAAUCGAUCGACAGGACGCGAGGAAAUCGCUCGAUGUACACGAUAGUCCAGUGCAUGGAGAUCAUCCCGCAGCUCAUGCAUCUCCUGCCGCUCAUAUUCCACCGGCCCCUACAGCUUAUAUUCCACCGGCCCCUGCCGCACCUAUUCCGGCAGCACAACCUCAACCAGCGCCAACCGAUCCAGCUAAGAUAGCACUUCUGGAACUGAUGGCUGAGAUGGUGAAUUUGCAAUAUCAAGCAUUGAAUGCACAGCAAGAAGCACAGCAUGCUCAGCCAGCUCCAGUACCUACCACUUCUCACCCGGACUUCCUGAAGAUAGUCAUGAUUAUGAAGAACUUGGGGACGAAGCAUUACCAGGAAGGCACUGAUCCCUUUGAAGCUGAUGCGUGGCUUCACAAUCUCGAACAGAACUUUGCUGCAACCCGUUGUCCGGAAGAAUUUAAGAAGGAUGUGGCUGUUUACUAUCUAGAAAAGGACGCCAUCACGUUCGUUCGAAAGUACUUCCCACCGGAAGCCCCUGAUCGAUUGGAGAUUAAAUUCAUGGAGCUAGUUCACGGAGGAUUAUCUGUUAGGAAGUAUGAGGCAGAGUUCACCCGUCUCAGGAAGUAUGUCCACUAUGGUCGAGUGGACGAGAUGAUGAUUAUCCGUAAGUUCCUUCGAGGACUUAACCCAUAUAUCAGGAGCAGACUUGAGGCAGUAGAGUUUCAUAGGCUUUCUGAUCUUGUUGAGCGUGCUGUGAAUGUUGAGGAGGCCAUUGCUGCUGAGAGAGCUUCUUCUAGCAAUCCCGCACAACCUAGACGUCCAUCUGUUCCGUUCCAGCCUCAGCCGCAUUCUGCUCUGGGCGAUAUUAGGAGAGAUUGUCCGACCGUGGGACAGUUCCAACCGGCUGUACCAUCUCACAUCACUUGUUUCACGUGUGAAGAGGGAGGACAUUACGUGACAUCAUGUCCACGCACUCAUCUUGCUGAGCCUGUUGUUUCGAGUGCUCGACCCGUCAGACCAGUUAACCCACCUUUACCCUUACCUCCUGCUAAGUGUCAAGCCACUUCUGGUAGGGCUUACGCUUUAGAGUUACCAGGAGCAUCCGGACCACCUCAGGCUCUGAUUUCAGGAGCAACACAUAGUUUUGUAGCUCCCGAAGUAGCAUCCAGAUUCGAUGGAGAAUUCAAGGUGAAUUUAUCCAUUCCCGUUCUAACUCCCGGAGAUCAAGUUCUUGAAACUGAAGUCUGUAUUCUAAGAGUUCCAAUCAUUAUCCAAGAUAUGGUUUUUCCUGCUCAUUUGUUAGUUCUCCCAUCAGAGAGGUACAAGGAGAAGGGUGAAGAAGUAUACUUAGUGACUUUAGUUGUUGGACCAGUAGAAGACGAGAAAGAGCAGAACAUGGAAGAAAUACCAGUAGUCAGAGAAUAUGAGGAUGUGUUUAAGGCAUUAGAGGGAUUGCCGCCGUCUAGGAGUAACCCCUUUAGUAUAACCUUAGAACCUGGAUCAUCUGCAAUAGCGAAGGCACCAUACCGAAUGGCACCAGCAGAACUCGCUGAGUUGAAGCAUCAGUUAGCUGAUUUGUUAGACAAAUGUUUCAUACAUCCUAGUUCAUCACCAUGGGGAGCACCCGUGCUAUUUGUAAAGAACAAAGACGGAAGCAUGCAGUUAUGUAUUGAUUAUCGUGGAAUCAAUAACGUAACCAUAAAAGACAAGUACCCACUCCUAAGAAUUGAUGAGCUAUUAGACUAG